CAUUAUCGUCUUACCGCAAAUUUCCUUACCGCAAAUUGUCCCAAGAAAUUCUUAGUUCUUAUUUUGUGCCUCGUAUGUAUAAGUUGUAUGGGUCGUAUUCCACUGUUGUCUGUUGAUAUCUUAUUUUAUACCAAACACUAUCGCCUUGCACACUCAGCAAUAAAUAUAGACCUCCCUAUUCGUUUAUUUAUUUGCUUCAUCCCUAGAUGGCACUAACUUACGUUAAAACAAAACGUCAUUUCUAUGUUGCCAUGCUAAUGACGCUUUCGAAACACGAAUUUUUCGCCAACUGUUUUCAGUUGAACGUUCCAAUGUGACAGCGUAUAUACACUGCUAAAAUAGUGUUUUAAAUUUGCCCCUGGGCAAAAAAUGCACAGUUUCGAUAACAGCGAGCCUGGGCGAACAACCGUAAACAAAAAAUUAGGAAACAAAGACAACGAAGUGGUGAAACUUAUAAAAAAUCAAAGUCACGAUGACGCAUUUUUGGAUUUGUGCAACCGAGGCAUUCAGAUAUUGCCCGAUCAACUCUAUACGUUACCCCAUAUACAGCACUUGUACCUGGAAGGAAAUCAAAUCAGUCAGCUGCCCAACAACUUUUUUGAUCGACUCCCAACUUUACAGUGGUUAGACUUGAGAAAUAACCAACUAAAAGCAAUCCCUGUGUCAAUUGGAAGGCACCAAUCAAUCAAAAAGCUGCUUCUUGAAGGAAAUUGCUUGACACACUUACCUUUACAAAUGGGGUUAACAAAGACCUUAACUGGCCUUAAUUUGCGUGGAAAUCCCCUGGUAGUUCCCCCACAGCACAUUACUGACCAAGGUGUUUACGUCAUUCUAUCAUAUUUGUGGCAGGAGCUACAGAAUAGAACCAAAACCCCAUAUGAUGAGGUUUCACCAGCUGUGGAGAAAUUGAGCAUUAUAGACGACGAGAGCAACAACUCCGAGGAAGAUGAAGAUAUGCUCACUGAUGCGGCAAUCUUCACUGGACGUAACAUCCCAUCUCCCUUGAGUGAUGACUUUGAAUUGGUGAGGCAUGGACCUACUCCUAUGUCAGCCUCACUCCACAAACCUGUAUCUUACCAAGAAUAUAAAGGAAGGUUUCAGGGCAACAGUUUAUUGGAAGGACUUCGUAACAAAUCCAGAAAUUCCCCGAAAGAAAUCUCGCUUGUUGACAUUCACCACAAGGAUGAUGUGAGAAAAGAUCAGCUUCGUCAGAUGCGGGAGAUGAAGCAGAUGAACGAAGAUCAAAGAAGAAAAGAUAAAACAGUUUUGUCAAACUGGAGACAUGAAACCAGAAGAAGGCAACGCCAAUCGCGAUCAAAAACUGCUGAUGUUUCAAUAAGACCUCCCCCUUUUGCAUCCGAUGAACAGCUUGUAAUACACAGUGAUGUGAGGGAAGAAAAAGUUGAAACUGUUCUACCUGGAGAACAUAAGUUAAGAGUUAAACACACAGUGCCCAUAAAGCGUAGUCACAUGAUAGUUGAGAUACCUAAUGCAAUGAAUGAGGUGAAUCAAACAGAAUCAGUUGAUGAGGAAAAGAAAGAAGAUAAAAAUGAACCUUUUGUUGGAAAGAUGUCAAGGCCUAAUAGUGUUGCCAGGAGUCGUACAAAUGAUGAGAUAAUGCAAAGAAUGAAACAGCAUUCCUCUCAACUUCAUAAACAGUUUAAGAAGCAAAGAAAAGAAGUUUCUUCCACUGCUCCGAGUAAAGAGCUUCAGCGUGAACUACUUGAUAGAAAGAUGUCAAAAGAUCCCCAACUUGAAUAUCGGUUUCGUGCAUUCACUGGCGACACAGCGUCAGCUCAUAGCAGCUCAAAUAAAACAACUUCUAUGUAAUUGUUUAGUUUAUAACUAAUUUCAUAACUCUUUUUCUCGGUUAUGAAUCUGUUAUUGGAAAUUUGACAGCAUUUGUUAACUUAGCAAGCAUUAUUAAAAUGUGAUCAACCAAUUAAAGGGUGUUCAUAAGUUACCAGUUUUAAAACUGUGUAUAAGCAUUCUUAAAGUGAUAUGAUGUCUCACUUCUUUGAAAUCCUCCAUGAUAACACUGUGUAUAUUUUGAUUGUGUACAGAACUGAAAAAGCUUCUAUUUGCGGUCCAAAAUUUUUGCCUAAAGCAAUACUAGCCAAUCUAGAUUUAAUUUUACAUUAUAUAAAUUAACUUUUAAGCUGUACAGAUAUCCUGUGCAAUUGUUUUGUGGUAAAAUAUGAAAGUUAUAUGUAACAUAAAACUGAAAUUAAUGUAUUGUAUGUAAGUGUGCAUUGUGUUGUAUAUCUUGUUGUCUUUUAUAAUAAUAACUACAAAAAA